AUUUCCACAGUGACUCUUCAAUACUUCCGGUGGGGACAACCACGGAGGAUGAGCCUAACGUGAGCAAGCAGUAUCACUGUUGCGUUUUAGCUCAUGACUUGGCUUGUGUGUAAGGUCAGGGGGCUGUAACCUUGGCGUGCAUGCCUGUCACAUCAGUGCUCCUGUAGAAGAAGAGGUGGACGCUAACCCUGACCAGAAGAAAACAUGUCAGGUGUCUGUCGUAGUUUGAGCUCCCUAUCAACCAAGAUCCUGACAGAAGUGACACUUCCACCUUGCCUGUGGUUUGUGUCUACAAGGAGCAAAUUUUCCAGAGCAAGAAUCCCACCAGAGAUUUUUGCUGAGAGAUCAAAAGAGCAUGAGAAAUAUGGGGGUGACCCAGACCAACCUCAUAAACUGCAUUUGGUAACUCGAGUCAAAAGUGUGACACGAAGACCGUACUGGGAGAAAGACAUGGUGAAAAGCCUGGGGCUUCAAAAGGCACAUGUCACUGUAAUUCACAAAAAUACACCUGCAGUCAAUAACCAACUGAAAUAUGUCAAGCACCUGGUGAGGAUCCAGCCUCUGAAGACUCCCUAUGGACUCCCCGCUGAACAGGACAUGGCUGACACCUACAUUAACAGCAAGGGAGAACUGAUUGUCCGUCGCCUCCUCCAGCCGGUGGACCCCAAGGCUAUUGAAUCCUAGCUCCAUUCAAUAAAUUAAUAUUUGUAUGUAAAUAUCAAUGGAAAAAACCCUGUGCUCCAUGUCUACCGCUUCUUAGUCCCUCUGUGUUGAAGGUUUAAUAAGUUGUAAUCUGUUUUCCAUGACAGCUCAGACACAGGUGACCUCUCAGAUUCUUCUCAAAUUAAAGACCUUUUGAAAUGAAA